UUCUUGGCACGUUGUUAUUAGUGUUGUGCCCUAUAAUGAGUCAGCUGAUCUCCAUGUAAAAAGCCGCCGUGGUCCAGAUUGCUGCUGUUUUGUCCAAACACAGUGAUUCCGAACACACCUUCUGGUCGGUUGCAGCUGCUGACCAUGGAUUGUUUAUUCUCGUGAGAAGAUCAUCACGCCUUCUUUUGUUUGGUUGUGUCUUGUGUGUUGGGAGUGGUAGCAUCAAUCAAAUCAAAAUCGAUCAAUCAGUAGCCAUCGUUCUCUCCGAAACUGUUUUUUUAAACUAUCCCGUCGGAAAGAUCGUUUCACUUGAUAAUUCCUCUAUCUUUCCUUUUUAUUAUUAAUCAAUACAAUGGCCUUGUUGAAUGCAAACCCUGUCGUCUACCAACCCUCCAUCAGCAACAUUCGAGUGGAGACCGUGACCGAUUUUGACGACGAUGUAGUUGAUCCUAUUGAUUCCGAAGAAGUUUAUGAAUUAUUACGGUCCAUUUCGGAUCCUGAGCAUCCGCUGACACUUGAACAGCUGAACGUUACGCAAUUACAACAUAUUGCGGUCAACAAUGACGAGAAUCAUGUCUUGGUUGAAUUCACACCCACCAUUCCUCAUUGUUCUAUGGCUACACUGAUCGGCCUGUGCAUUCGGGUACGACUUUUGCGCAGUCUCCCUGAACGUUUCAAGGUGGACAUUAAAGUACGCAAGGGCACACACCAAUCGGAAAAUGCAGUGAACAAGCAACUGAACGACAAGGAACGAGUAGCGGCGGCACUGGAAAAUAAGCAUUUGCUCGAAGUAGUCAAUCAGUGUCUCGCCACUGCCAGUCGAGAUGCCGUAGCACAUUAAGUCAUAACAUGUGUAGCAUAUAAUCAUCCUUUGCUGCCCUCGUCUC